AUUGUACUUUAAAAUAUUCUAAUUGAUAGCUGUAAAUUAAGUGAAAAUUUCAGUAUAUUAACCUAAUAGAGUGAUGUUAAUGUUAUUAUUGAUACUUUUGUAAUUUAAAAUAAUCUAUGUGACAUAAAUUAAAUUUACUAUCCACAAUUCUCUGGUUAGCUAUUUGAAGCUGGUGAGUUCAAU